GAAACGGAAGAAUAUUGGUGUUAAAUUUCAGACUGCUGAGAUAAGAUAAAAGAUUUUAGUAGCAUGUCUUUCACUGAUUUUUAACAACUAGCAAAAGACAAAAUUGUAUGUGUUGACAAGUUGGGCAUGUCAAUACAUGCUUCGUGUCCUUAGGAAUCCGAAUACAACGCUAACUGUGUAAAAAAAAAAGUCAAGGAUGUCCAGCUAUGGAAAUCGAAUCAAUUGAAAAGUUAUUGCAAAGCUUGGAACUGGAAAGUUAUAUAAACUUAUUCAAACAAAAUGAGCUCGGGCUAAAAUUGUUGAUGUCAUUGUCUGACACGGAAUUGAAAGAAGCACUGACAGAACUCAAAUUACCUCUUGGAAACCGCUUACUGAUUAUCAAAAAGAUACAGGAAAUUAAAGCUGGAGGGGAUAGAUGCGAACACGACUCCACCGAGAAGGAAGCAGGGGACACCAGAAAUGAACCUAGAGUACCGUUGGAAACAGGGGACACCAGUAAAAAAUCAAAACAAAAAGCAGAGGAACACGUGAAGAAAGAGUGUUCAAACCAAAAUGUUGAAAAAGGAAAUGUAAAGGAUAUUAUUGGAUCGUUCGAAAAAAUAUCAAAACAUGUACCUUCGGGUGCUUUAAAUCCAGAUGUUCACAGGAAAAAGAAAGAUGAUGUAGAGGGUGAAAAUAAGGAGAAUGAAAUAAGAAUGGUGCUCAUAGGAAAAACAGGAUCAGGAAAAAGCGCUACGGGGAAUACCAUCCUUGGAGAAAAAAAGUUCACUUCCUCCACAUCUGGUUCAUCUGUCACUAGUAGUUGUUCACAGAAAUUUGCUCAUCGUUUUGGGAGCAAGAUUGUUAUUGUUGAUACUCCUGGUAUCUUUGAUACAAAACAAAGCAAUAAUAAGAUUCAACAGGAAAUUUUCAAAUGUGUCGGAAUCACCGCACCUGGCCCUCAUGCUUUCAUUUUAGUUCUUAGUCUGACAAGGUACACCGAGGAAGAAAAGAGAACUGUAGAGCAUUUUGUAAAGUACUUCGGAGACAAAAUUUACGGUUAUUUUAUUGUGCUUUUCACAAGAAAAGAUGAUCUUGAUGAUGAAGGAAAGAGUCUAUCCGAUCAUAUUAAAACCGUUCCGGGUGAACUCCAACUGUUUCUUAAGAAAUGUGGUGGGAGAGUAAUUGCCUUCAAUAACAAGCUUAAAGGGGAAGAGCAAGAUGCGCAAGUUUCGGCGUUAUUGUCAAUGAUUUCAGAAAACAUAAAACACAAUAAAGGUGAUUGCUAUACCAAUGAAAUGUACCAUGAAGCUGAAGCGCUUAUCCAGAAAAGAGAGAAAGAAAUCAUACAGAAAGCGAAGAUUGAACGAGAAAAAGAGCAAAAAGAUAUUGAUAAAAAGUUAGCUAAAGAGUAUAAAUCAAAGUUAGUUGAGAAAACUGAUAAAUUUAAUGAAACGCAAACGCAGCUUGAAGAGAUAAUACGGGCAAUUCAUGCACAGGAAAAAUCAGAAAAUGUUAUGGAUACUAAAAUGAAAGGUUCUGAGAAAAAGGUGCAGAGUACGCAAUCAAUGGGGAUGAAAAGAGAUGAAUUAAAACAAAAGCUGGAAGGAUUGCUUAAAAACAAAAUGGAUUUAGAAAAGAAGCAAGAAGAAGACAGAAGGGAAAUGGAACGCAAAGCACAGGAGAAAUUUAAGAUACAACAAAGAAAUGCUCGUAAUGUAGUUCGAGAGGAAGUUGAACAAGAGAAGGGUUUCUUUUCAAGGGCUUGGAGUCACCUGAAAUCUUAUUUUUCGUAAAAAGCAAUCGUCACUCAAAGAACUCAUCUGUUUGUGUAAUCUUCACUGCCAUUAGACUCUAAUCCGCCACAGAUAACGAUUUAUUGAGAAACGUUCUUGCGCUGCACAUUGGUUUUAGAGUAGCUUUAGUCGGUUACAAGGAAAAUUGACUGACCCUUGAAAACAUUUUGAGAUGUGUUAUACUUAUGUGUGGUAUACACAUAUCCUUCUCAAAUUCUGAACGUUUUCUUAAAUUUAACUGCAGCAUAGAUUAAACCCUUUCUUUAAACCCUGUUCUUAAAAUACACAUUCCUAUCCCAACGUAUUCUUGUAUAUGGUAAUAACACUCACGUCUUUUGAUGAUCAGUUAAUGUGUGUUUUUUUUUCUAUUAAUUUUUUAUCUUUUUUAAAUUUCUUUUGAAAAGGAUAUUAAAUAAAGUACAGACUGCCGUAGAUACUUUGAGUGAUGUAUUUUUCUUGCUUUAAUUCAUUGUUUCAUACUUACUGGGAUUAAUUGUGGCGUGUUAUUGUUAUAUAUCUAUUAUAUUUCAAAGAGAUUUUCAUCAUAUUGUAUUCAUCUUUUUAAAAAACUUUAUGAUUUGAUUUGUUAGAUCCUUGGUCGAUUACCUCUAAAGGAUUGAGCAUAUUUUUCUUUGCUAUACUUUUUGUUAUUUGUUUUUAUAUUUUCUCUGUAUUAUUGUCGUACCUACCAUAUCAUCGGGCAAUUUAUUGUACCUAUAAAUGGAAAAUUGGAUAAACUAAAUAUGUCUUUAAGAUAUUAAGGAGUUCGCUUUUUAAUCACGCGAUGUCGAAUAUUUAACUAAUACGACGUAAAUGUAUAAAUUUUAUGAUUAAGAUUUGUCGAAUUCUUUCUUACUGAAAUUAAAUUUUAUACUUCUUCUUGUUCUAAUCUUACAGUUUUAAUUUUUAUUUGAAAAAAAAUAUUGCUAGAAAUGAUGUCAUCCAAGCAAUACAUUAAUACUACAUUUAUUCCAAGUAUGAUGUCUCUAAAUAAUAUAAUGCUGUUUGAAUUACUAGUAUAAUGAUAAUGUAGUUUCAUUAACACAUGGAUAAAAAUUGUUGAGGUUUUGUAAGUCUCAACUGAUAUAAGCGAAUCAAACUUUAUACAAUUAAUUUUUAGGAAACAAAAAUGUUUAUUCUGAAAAAUAAAUCAUUAUAUAUUUUUAACACUGAUUUUUUCUAUAAUGUAUCAUGUUGAUUACUGCUGAUUUGAAAUAGAUGAACAAUGGACACAAUCACUUUUAACGCUUAAUGACAAUAUUUAUACUUCAUUAAAUAAAUGUUAAAAAAUGUAUAUAAAUGAAGAGAUCUUUCUGCUACAAUAGAAACCACGUUU